UUUCUAUCGCCCUCUCAUAAUGCAGCAUGGGCGAAAAUACUAGAUUGAAGAGCUUCAUCUGAGGAAGCAGAGGCUUCUAGUUUAAAUUAUUUUGUCCCGUUGAGUGAAAGUGAUGUUCCAACAAUGCCGAUAGUGGAUAAACUCAAGGAGGCUUUAAAACCUGGCCGAAAGGACACAGGCGAUGAGGGUGACCUCAACAAGCUAUUGGCCUCUUCUGCCAAGAAGGUCCUUUUGCAGAAAAUAGAGUUUGAGCCUGCCACCAAGGGGUUCUCCUAUCAGCUCGACAGCCUAAAGAACAAGUAUGUGAUCCUCAAUCCUAGGACUGAGGGUGCUACAGCACAGAAAGCUGCAGAGCCUGCUCAAAUUAAGAGGCAAGUCUUAGAGAAUGUGGUCGGGGGCCAGAGCGAUGGGAUCCCUGCUCCGCAGAAGAUGCUCUUUCCGGGGAACAAGAUCACCCUUAAGUGGGAGCGUGUGUACAGGGUGGGAGCCGGCCUCCAUAACCUUGGAAACACCUGCUUCCUCAAUUCCACAGUGCAGUGUCUCACCUACACGCCGCCACUUGCCAACUACUUACUCUCAAAGGAGCACAGCCGUGUCUGUCACCAGUCAGGCUUCUGUAUGAUCUGUGUAAUGCAGAACCAUAUCAUCCAAGCCUUCGCCAACACAGGCAACGCCAUUAAGCCCGUCUCCUUCAUCAGAGACUUAAAAAAAAUUGCAAGACAUUUUCGCUUUGGUAGUCAAGAGGACGCCCAUGAAUUUUUGCGGUACACCAUCGAUGCCAUGCAGAAAGCCUGUCUCAAUGGCUAUCCGAAGCUUGACAGGCAGACCCAGGCCACGACACUGGUUCACCAGAUCUUUGGAGGUUACCUCAGGUCAAGAGUAAAAUGCUCUAUUUGUAAAAGUGUCUCAGAUACGUACGAUCCUUACCUGGAUAUCGCCGUUGAGAUUCGGCAAGCAGCAAACAUAGUGCGAGCCUUGGAACUGUUUGUUAAACCAGAUGUUUUAAGUGGAGAGAAUGCCUACAUGUGUGCCAAGUGCAAAAAGAAAGUGCCGGCCACCAAGCGCUUCACAGUGCAUCGAACAUCCAACGUACUCACCCUUUCACUGAAGAGGUUUGCAAACUUCAGCGGUGGAAAAAUAACAAAGGAUGUUGGUUACCCAGAAUUUCUAAACAUCCGCCCUUACAUGUCUCAGAGCUCAGGCGAUCCUGUCAUGUACGGCCUCUAUGCUGUUCUGGUGCAUUCAGGCUACAGUUGUCAUGCUGGACACUACUACUGCUAUGUGAAGGCAAGCAAUGGACAAUGGUACCAAAUGAAUGAUUCAAUGGUGCACUCAAGUAACAUCAAAGUGGUCUUGAACCAGCAGGCUUAUGUGCUUUUCUACUUGAGGAUACCUGAAACCAAGAAAAAUGCAGAUGGGCAGACCACCAAGCAGGGGAUGUUGUAUUCUGGGAAGAAUACGGCACCAUCGGAACAGAUAAAGAGGUCCAACUUGAACGGGCCUCUCUCUUCCCCACAGGUGAAAAAGAAACUUGAGCCAGCCCAGCUGCGCAAGAUCCAGUCGAUGGACGGUGGUUUGGGUUUGCCCAUUUCCAGGAACGGUGUGAGCACUCAGCCACAGCCCCGACUGUCCAACUGGACAUCCUCUUCCAACGGUCUGCCAAAGCUGCCGGGUGGACCCGCAGUUAUAGAGGAACCUUUCAAGAAGGUGAAGAAGCCCUCUUCGCAGAGCCAGCUGCCAUCCCGCAGCAGCACUCCGACCCCUUCCAACAACGGGGUCAGCAGAACGGAGGGAGAUAAAAAACAAGGUGGAGAAGGCAGAGGCAUGGCAGCGUCUACCUCAUUUAAGUCUUUGUCUGACUCCUCCUCUGCUGACACCACUGAGUCAAAGGACUCCGUUGGUCCCAAAAGUGCACCAGUAGGAGAGACUCCCUCCACUCCUCGGAAAGGCUCCAGCGGCCUGGCGUCUCCAGCAAGGAGCGUGGAGCGCUCUCAGAGCACAGAGGAGCAGAAGACGGCAAAAAUUAAACCCCCGGCUCUCGGCAACAUCACAUCUGAAGCCACCAGCACCAUGUCACCUCCACCUGCCAAGAAGCUUGCCCUGUCGGCCAAGAAGGCUCGCAGCCGGAGUCCGAACAGCAUUGAUGUUCUGCCCCGUUUGCCGUCCAGUGACCCCAUGCAUCAAAAUCAACUUAACUCCCUCACCCUUGCCUCACCCACUCCCACUCACAGAGCUGAUCCAUUCCAUUCAUGUAAAGUCCAAUCAUCACCUUUAGCCCAUUCAACUGGAUCCUUCAAACUGCAGAGUCCUCAGAAACAGUCCCUUUUCUCCACACUGCAAAAGCCAAGCGUGAGCCUUCCUCCUAAAACAAACGGUCUUCACUGUCCAGGCCCAAAGAGUCCCAAGUCUUCCAACAAGCUCAACUCAGUGGUUCAAGAACCAGACCUUGAUGACCCUCCCGCUCAAAAUAUCAAACACAAAAAGAAGAAGAAGAAGCGGCGGCAUUCUGAGGUGGAGAGCGUCCCAGAGCCAGUCACACCCCCAGCUCCACAGACACAGUGCACUGCAGCAGAGUCCGAUGGCGAGAAGAGGUGCAAGAGGAAAAAGAAGAAGCGAAAGCGGCUGGACGAAGACGGAGAGAAGGCGAAGGAGCGGGCGUGUGUCUCGUCUCAUUUGGACACGUCAGGCCAGGAGGAGGACUGGUGUCAGAGUGGCAUGUGGAGCCUGACCCCUCAGUCCAGUGCAGAAGAGUCUAAGAAAAAGCCUCAGUUAUCCGCUACAACUCAAUCGCAGUGUGAGUCAAACCGGAAAAAGCAGGAAAUGGAUUGUGUGUUGAAGAAGAAGAAAAAGAAGAAAAAGAAAGCCAAUGUGGGUCAGUCAGGAGACGCUCUGCAGGAUACAGCGUCUGCACGCUCUACAACAGAAAGAAGCAGUUCUGAGAUGAAGCCCACAGGGAGCCAGAAAGAUACAGGAGAUUUAUUAAAAGUAAAAAAGAAAUUAAAAGUGAAGAAGAGGCUAAAAGAAGAGAUGCAGCAGUGGGAGGAGAGCAAGCAUUGUCCUGAUGCUGAGACUGAAGCAUCGGAGCCCCCGUACAAAAAGAAAACGAUGGAGAAGGACAGAAUAAACAAAGAAAGCACAGCCACAGUGGUAGUGUGGGACAGCCAAGUGAAGGACGGCUACAAGCGCAGCGUGGCACCAGCGGCUGAUGGAAGUACAUCGGAUGGCUCGACCCGCGCUGCACCCGUAGCUUGGGAUGGGAAAAAGACGAGUAGUGUGGUAGAAGAGCUGCUCAGGAACGCUUCGGAUAAAGCAUACGGAGCCAAUGUCCUCAGUUGGGAUGGUGAGGUCUCUGCUGUCAGCAGAGAUGCCAUUGAAGAUGCCCGCGAUGCCAGGUGUGACACUGUGAUCGACGAGUGGGAUGAAGACUUCGACAGGGGAAAGGUGAAGAAAGUAAAGCAGUAUAAAAGAGAGAAGUGGAGAGGGGCCAGCAGCAUGUUCCAGAAGAUUCAGGACAGGCGGAACAAGUGGUCUGUAACACCCGGAGGGAAGAGAGUUUUUGGAGUCCGACGCUGAGAGUCCAGAUUGCUGCUGAAGUCUUGCUGACUUGAAAUUGAGACAGAAAAUACUUUUCUUACCAAACUCAUUUACCCAAUCUCUCCCUCUCUCUCUCUCUCUCUCUCUCUUUUCUUCUGUCUUUUGUUUGUUUAAUCCCCCAUAUUCAAGAAUAAGAUAUGUGCCAAAAGCAGUACACAUUACUGCAUCAGCAGUCUGCCAACACAACUUUUAAACUAAUCAAUGUGAAAUAUUGUUUUCAGCAGACAGCUGAAUUUCACUAUCUCCCCUUUAGAUGCCGCCAUGAGCAGCUUAACGUUUUCUAUGCAUUCAGUAUUUAAUUGAAAAUCCUUACAUCACGAACAUCACGUCAAUAUCGCGCUAGAUUUGUGUCCUUUGAGCCCCGAUUAUUUCCCUGAAAAUGUGCUACCAUGAAAUACAAAAAGCUUUACCGUAAUUGUGAAAGGUAGGCUGUGACUCAUUGGCCUCGCUGAAAACUGCGCUGAAAACGCAAUCUGAGCAAAAAAAGUGACCUUUUUAACAAAAAAUGAAAUUAUUCUAUGUCAAAUAACAAAGCUGGACUCAUUCAUUAUUCUUGUUUUAGAUUUCUUAAAUAUUUUUAUGUUAUUAUUAUUUUUUUCUCAUAAGUUGGGAUUUUAUUUUGUACUCUAGUGUCUGUACCACACUGCUUCUUUUUAAGGACCGAGUUUUGCCUGCAUAUUGUUGGUAAAAUUGAGGUUUAAAAUAGCCACUGUUUCCUCAUUACGCAUGCCUAAACUGGUUCAAAACCCAUUUUAAAUGAAGGGUCGUUUGUAGUUGCGCAGUUCUUGUUACACACGUGAUUUUUCCCUUCCUUACCAAGUUCAGCUUUAAUGUUAAUACAUUAAUAAUACAAAGGAAUGCUCGGGCGAUGUCAUCGAUAUGGAGGAAACGCAUCGGAUGCUGUUAGUUUUAUUUUUUAUUCAUGAGUUAUUGUUUUCUUACAGCUCGGUGCAAUUGUUGUGUGCGUCGUAGAGGCCGGCGUUUCUGGAGGAACUGUCGUUGGCGCAGUUAAUUUUCUACUGUGCAGCUAUCCAACUAUGUAGCUCAUCUUAUCAGUUCUUCAUUUAGAGAAGCUCAGUUUGGAAACAUGUUUUUGUUUUCUGUAAAGAAGGAAAAAAAACUCCACAAUGGGUCCUUCACCACUAUACUGCAAUUAAAGGGUUACAUUUUAUACUUCUGGCACUGUGUUAUGAUGCGAUAACUACAUGAUGAGAUCUUCUUGUCCCCUUGUAUCUUAUACCUCUAUGCAAUUUUCUGACAGUCAUGCUCGCCGUCUAGAAACUGGGCUGAGACUCAGGAACCCAGAACCUCCUGUAUUCCCAUCUCCACCCUUGAUCAGACCCCAUUUCAUGUAGGAGUCAUCCCUGGACCUAAGCCGCCUCGUUGCAUCCUGUACAUCCUAUAAACAACUGUUUUAUACAAAAUAUAUCAGGUGUGGAAUCCAUCUAAUCACCUUGCACCAGUUUGGGCACAGAUGUGUAGAGAAACUAAAGUUAAAUAAACAAAUGCUUUGCCAGUGUAGAUUGUACAGUCCAUCUUGUGCUACCAGUGUUUCCCCCACCCCGACAACGCUGUAAAGAUUUACCCAUGCAUUUCUUUUCAUUCUAGAGAUGUUGCCUUGAAUUGGCUAUAAAAAGCAUAGGUUUUAAUGUUAUAAAUAUGUAAUUUAAAGAAGAUCUUUACUGUGCUACUAAAUACUCAGAGUAGUCGGUGGGUGUUGAGAAUUUAUCUACAAGUGUGUUUGUUCAGUUGUGUGUAAGAGAGACAUUUGUUUUUCAUGCAAGUCCUUCCUUAUGUCACUGUAAUGUGUACAGUACAAGAGGGGCAGUGUCAUUUCCAAAGGACAGCUGUGAAGUGGACUGGCAGAUGAACAUUUACUGGCGUGAAUGGACAGUCCACAUGUUUGCAUUGAUGGUUCCAUAUUUUGCACCACCUUUUCUGACCAGAGAAGAGAGCUUUCAUAAUGAAAGUAGCUCUUACCUCGUAAUAGCUAACUGAAAAGGUGCAAUAAAGUUGUGACUUUUGUGA